UGCUACUGAAGAACAACAUAGAGCACUCUGAAGUAGGGGAGUUUUAGCGUUGUCUUCCUUAUAGUGAGAUUGACAGUAGUGUCUAUAUUUUUGACAAGCGAUAACAAUCGUGCGAUAGUCUCAUGAAUGAUAUGGCGGAGGAAAAACUGAUUACACUGAACGGUGCUGCAGCGUCUACCGUAUCUGAAUGUAGUUUUCUAUGUAAGGCACUGUCUGCCAGAAGCUUGGAUAAGACGGACACCGAUCUGGGCAUUUCUCAUGGAGCUGCGGGUCACCAGGUGCCCCGAAGGAGGAGAGUGCCUUGUGGGUCCAGCUAUAAUAGUGGAUCGCAGGAAAAUCUUCCUAGUCCCGUCUCAGAAACUCGGGUACUUGUUAUCAACACUGGAGGGACCAUUGGUAUGACGUACCAAGAUGACGUGCUCUCUCCUGAGGCGAAUACUUUUGCAAAAGCAUUGAAGAAAUUACCGACUCUUCAUGAUGAAGUAUAUGCACAACAGACAAAACUUUAUGAGAGAUGCGAUUCUCCAGAUGACACAAUGGUUCUGCCUAUGUCUAAACAGAAUAAAAGAAUUGUGUACACUGUAAUAGAAUAUUCAUCUCUUCUUGAUUCGUCUAACAUGACACCUGCUGACUGGGCUAAAAUUGCAAUGGACAUUAAGAAACACUAUGAAAGAUAUGACGGUUUUGUUGUCCUGCAUGGCACUGACACCAUGGCAUAUACUGCAUCAGCUCUUUCAUUCAUGUGUGAACAUCUUGGAAAAUCCAUUGUUUUGACUGGAUCCCAGGUUCCAAUUUAUGAAAUGUGGAGUGAUGGUCGUGAUAACCUGUUGGGAGCACUGUUGAUUGCUGGAUUGUUUGUAAUCCCUGAGGUAACCCUUUAUUUUUACCAUAAAUUGUACAGAGGGAAUCGAGUUACCAAGGUGGAUUCUGGCAGCUUCAAUGCAUUUACUUCACCAAAUUUAUCUCCACUUGCAAAUGCCGAAGUUGAUAUUCAAAUUAACUGGGAUGCAAUUUGGAGAGCCAACACCACCAAGACGUUCUUCGUGGAAACAAACUUGAAUAGGAAUGUGGGGCUGCUACGAAUUUUUCCAGGAAUCACCACUGAUACAGUUAAAGCAUUUCUUCAACCUCCAAUGGAAGGAAUUGUAUUGGAAACGUAUGGAAGUGGCAAUGCACCAGACCAAAGAUCAGAUCUACUUGAGGAGAUUAAGAAGGCUACAAAAAGAGGAACCUUUAUUAUUAAUUGUACCCAAUGCUUACGAGGUAGUGUUACGGAAUCGUAUGCUACUGGAAAGGCUCUUGGUCUUGCUGGUGUUAUUCAAGGAGGUGAUAUGACACCUGAAGCAGCUCUAGCGAAACUUUCCUAUGUACUAGGGAAAAAUGAUCUUAGUCACAAACAAAAGAAAAAGAUGUUAUCGGAAAACCUGAGAGGAGAGAUGACAUUGGCAGUCAAAGCAGGAAGCAUUUCUUUGAGAGACAGCAAGUUUAUUCAAGUCAUUGCCAAGUCCCUUAAUGUCAGCUCCAAAGAGGAACUCAAAGCUGUCAGAGAUGCACUCAUUCCUCCAUUGGCUUGUGCUGCUGCUAAGACGGGUGAUAUCAGUGCACUGGAAGCUGUCCAGGAGUUGGGGGGAAACUUAAGCAGUGAAGACUAUGAUGGUCGAACUCCCCUCCAUGUGGCCGCUUGCGAGGGUCAUUUGGCAGUAAUUGAGUACCUGUUGAAGCAUGGAGCGACUGUUUAUGCUAAAGAUCGAUAUGGCAACACUCCACUGAAGAACGCUACAAAGUUCAGGAAAUUCGAUGUGAUUCAGCUUUUACGAAAGACUGGAGCCCAUCUGUCCUUUGAGGAGCAAAAAGAUGUUGGAAAUGAAUUGUGCAGUUUGGCUGCAGGUGAUGAUUUUGAAGGCUUAGAAGCUUGGAGUCAAGCGGGUGUUAGUCUGACUCUGACUGGUUAUGAUGGAAAAACACCUCUAGAAGUGGUUUUGAAUCUGAAGAGGGAAGAUAUUAUGUCCCAUGAGUCUCCAUUAGAAGAACUGCAUUUUGGGAACACAGUGUUAAAAAUGAUGCAGCAUUUUUAG